AUGGCCUCAAAUACAGAGACCGAAAAGGUCACUCAACCUAAUGAAACAAUCCCCAUAUCUGUAGAGUUUACCGGUGGCCUAGAAAUGCUCUUUGCCAACGAACGAAAACAUAAUCUGACGAUUCCCGCGAAGACUAGUGAAGGGAAACAACCGACUAUUGCAUGGCUCAUUCAAUAUCUCGUUGAGAUUUUGAUGCAAGAUACAAGGAAAGAACUGUUCAUUCUUGAUGACCAUGUGCGGCCCGGUAUUCUGGUUUUGAUCAAUGACGCAGAUUGGGAGUUGGAAGGCGAAGAGGCAUAUGAGAUACAGCCUAGAGAUAAUAUAUUGUUUGUAUCCACACUACACGGAGGAUAA